GUCGCUAUGUCGCCUUCGCCGGGAAAGGAUGCCGCGGCAGGCCGUGGACCCCUGGGCCCCCGGAAAUCUUGGACCGAGCUGCUGGCGGGCAGAGUUAAGAAGCACACAUAUGAUCCAGAAAGGGAACAGAAAUUAAAGGACGCCGCUCUGCACCUCCUGAGAUACCAUCAAAACAUGAAUGACCUUUUGCUAGAGGUAGGAGAUCCACAGUGUAAAGAUUUGUGUCUCAGCAAGCUGAUAGACUGUGACAGUGCCGAAGCCUCCUCCGAGCGGCCCAGUUCCUUCAUCCGCUUUGCUUUUCGGGAUCAAGCCUUGAGGCUGGGAGUUCCUGUCGGGGUUCUGUCUGCCAGAGUGUUCGCUCAAAGCGUACAGCAGAUCUGCGCGGAACCCAGCCACCCUGUGCUGCUCAGCCCAGAACAAAGAAAGAAACUGUCUUCCUCCUUAGAGAUUGUUCAGCAUUUGUUGGCACAGAACAUGUUCUCCCGCGUCACCUUCUGUCAAGAGUUAUGGAAAGCACAGAAUUCUUUGUUGCCUGAAGCUGUGUGGAGUCUUCACACGCAUAGCGUUGUGAGCCUUCAGGAGCUACUGCGGAGCCACCCUGACACGCAGACCAUGACCACGUGGCUCUUCAGGAACCUGCGCUUUCUGUGUGAGCAGACAGACGCCUCUUGCCCAUCUGCUGACGUAACGGAAGCCAUGCUUGCUGGUUUUACGCAACUGUUAAUUUCAAGAGCCUUUCAGGAAAGCUCAGAUCCAAGGCGACCUGUGGAACCCGAAACCCGGGUUGCCGCUGAUGUACUGCACCGAAUGCUGACUCUUGCUCUUGAUACCCUGGAUGCUGAUCCACAGGCGACUUCGGAUCACCAGGCAGCGAGGGGCUGGUUCGGCGUGUACUCUGGACACAGAUGCUGUGGCAUGGCGGCAGCGGAGUCUCUGACGAGGUUCUUCAGUUACACUCUGACUCAGAUUCUCACUCACAGGCCUGUGCUGAAAGUGUCCGAUGCCAUUCAAAAGCAGAAAGAGUGGAGCUUUGCCAAGACACAUCAGCUACUUACCACACUGUACUGCAGGGUGUUUGUGACCCUGGGUGUGGAGGAGUCAGUCGACCGUCUGCAGGAAGUCCUGGAGCUGCAGGAAGUUAACUGGCAGCAUGUGCUUUCCUGUGUGUCCACACUGGUUGUCUGCUUUCCUGAGGCAGGGCAGCUGGUUAAAGAUUGGAUAGCCAGUUUGAUGGCUCGGGCCUUUGAGAGCUACCACCUAGACAGCGUGGUCACUGCGUUCCUGAUCGUGCGCCAGGCUACUCUGGAAGGCCCCUUCGUGUUCCCAUCCUAUGCAGACUGGUUCAAGGAGGCCUUUGGGAGCUCACAUGGCUACCACAGCUGCAGCAAGAAGACCCUGGUCUUCCUCUUCAAGUUUCUGUCUGACCUCGUGCCCUGGGAAGCCCCACGGUACAUGCAGGUGCAUAUCUUCCACCCACCCCUGGUCCCAAGCAAGUACCACUCCCUCCUUACAGACUACAUCUCGCUGGCCAAGACAAGGCUUGCUGACCUCAAGGUUUCCCUGGAGAAUGUGGGACUCUAUGAGGAUCUGUCCUCCUCUGGGGACAUUGCAGAGCCUCAGAGCCAAGCCAUCCAGGAUGUUGAGAAGGCCAUCAUGGUGUAUGAACAAACAGGGAAAAUCCCCAUGGCCGUCAUGGAAGCCAGCAUAUUCCGGAGGCCCUACUACCUGUCUCACUUCCUCCCCGCGCUGCUCACACCGAGAGUGCUCCCGAAGGUCCCUGACUCCCGGGCAGCCUUCAUAGAGACCCUGAAGAGAGCAGAUAAGAUUCCCUGCUCAUUAUAUGAUGCCUAUCGCCAGGCCUGUGCCACUGCUGAGGAGAAGCAGCCCGAAAAUGUCACCUCAGGAAAAAGGGCAGAACCUGAUUGUGCUGAACAGCCCCUGGGACUGCUCGCAGCUGCACUGGGAGAGCUCAGAGCUUUAAUGACCGACCCCACCCAAUAUGGUGUCAUAUCUGCUCAGGUGGCUGUGGUUUCGGGAAGAAUAAACACUGCUUUAGGACGCAGCAGCGAUGAUGGCAGCCGCCGGAAAGCGAAGAUCCGCCUCAGCGUGCUGACUCCCAUGCUCCAGGGACAGGACCAGGUGGUGGUGGACCUCCUGCUCACGACCUUCUGUCAGAACCUAAUGGCGGCCUCUAGCUUUGUGCCCCCGGAGAGGCAGAGCCCCUGGGCCGUCCUUUUCGUGAGGACCCUGUGUGGACACACGCUUCUCCCCGCAGUGCUCACCCGGCUCUGCCAGCUGCUCCAUCACCAGGGCCCCAGCCUGAGUGCCCCCCAUGUCCUGGGCUUGGCCGCUCUUGCUGUCCACUUGGGUGAGUCCAGGUCUACGCUUCCGGAGGUGGAUCCAGGGUCGCUUGGUCCUGCUGGCAGCCUGUGUGUCCCUGAGUUCCUGAACAGCCUCCUGACCUGCUGCACAAGGGAAUCCCAGCUCUUUUGCAUGAAAUUCUGCACAGCUGCAAUUUCUUACUGUUUAUGUAAGUUCUCUGCGCAGCCCGAAGCUUCCUUGCACAACUAUCUAUCACCAGGCCUGAUCAAGAAGUUUCAGUUCGUUCUAUUAAGGCUAUUCUCAGAGGCCAGAGCAUCCUGUCCUCAAGGGCACAUGGCUGACGUCCCCUGGAGAACCUUGUACCUUCCUUCUGCAGACUGGCAGGGUGCUGCCCUCUCUCUGUGGAGAUGGGACCGCUUCCAGGAGCUGUUGAAGGAGAAGGAGUUUUAUUUAACAUACAAAGACUGGAUACAGCUGGAAUUGGAAGUCCAACCUGAGGCUGAUGUUCUCUCAGAGACAGAAAGACAUGAUUUCCAUCAGUGGGCAGUCUAUGAGCACUUCGUCCCAGCACCGGCCGCGGUGGGAGGUUGUGGUGGAGACCUGGAAGUGGCGUGCACGGUCCUCGUCGGCGAGCUGAUGGACUUUUGUCAAAGCUGGAGGAAUUACAAGCACUUGGAGCAUUCUGACUUGGCUCUUGGAGGCCGCAGGGGAAAUGAGGACAUUCUUUCUCGGCUGCAGGAGAUGGCUGCAGACCUGGAGCUGGAUCAAGGGUCCUCUGCGCCCUGCGGCUCUUCUACUCCUCGGAGUCACUUUCUCUUCCGGGUGUUCAAAACACGGCUGCAAGCUCUGGCAAGAGGAGACAGCAUGGCCACUCGCCUUAGGAGACAGCAAGAGCUGCUCAUGUGCAAACGGCUUCUCCUCCGCCUGCCGCCAUCUGUUCUUGUGGGCAGCCCCCAGGCCGGACAGCCUGUCUCCCCCAGCUGUGAGGAGUUCUUCAGCCUGGUCAACUCAGAGCUGAGAAACCUUUGUUACCACGGCAGUGUCUUGACCCACGACAUUACCAUGCACUUCUUCAGGGGACUCCUUAACGUGUGUUUUCGAAGUCAAGACCCAGCAUUGGUGGCCAACCUGACCCUGAAGGAGUGCCAGGCCAAGUGUCCCAUGAUUGUGACUUCAGCACUGUCGUGGUGGUCAAGCCUAGAGCCGGUGCUGUGUAGUCGGUGGAAGAAAUGUCACCAGAGCACGCUGCCUCAAGAGCUGCAGAGGCUACAGGAGGCCCAGGAGUUCGCUAGCAAUUUCCACUCUGACUCAGCUUCCCCAGCGCCCAGCCCAGCCUGGAUCUCAGCAGCUGCACUGCACUUUGCAACUAGAGAGGUUAGGAAGGAAAAUAUCAAGACACAUCUGAGAAGGCUAGACUGUGAAAGAGAAGAGCUACUGAUCGCCCUCCUCUUCUUUUCCUUGAUGGGCCUGCUGUCAUCCUACCUGACCCAGCGGGACACUGCCGAGUAUGCGAAGGCUGUGGACAUCUGUGCCGAGGUCCUCAUGUGCUUGGGAAGAAGAAAGGUGUCCUGGCUGAUGCUCUUCCAGUUGACAGAGGCAGAUGCCGAGCUGGGGCACCUCCUCCGCUUGGCCCCGGAGCAGCACACCAGGCUGCUGCCACUUGCUUUCUAUAGUCUUGUCUCCUGCUUCAGUCAAGAUGCCGUCAUCAAGGAAGAGGCUUUCCUGUAUGUUGCUGUCGACAUGUACCUCAAGCUGGUGCAGCUCUUUGUGGAUGGGGAAACCAGGAUCGUGUCACCUCAGGCCGGCAGAAGCCUAAAGCUCCAAGGCCAUUCACUGCUCCAGGGUGGCCCUGUUCAACUGGUAAGAGAAGCACGUGCUUUCCUGCUGCAGCUAAUACCUCAGUGCCCAAAACGGUGCUUCUCCAACAUGACAGAGCUUCUGGCUGGCCGAGGAGACUGCGACCCUGAGGUGAGCAACGCCCUCCUGCAAAGGCAGCAGGCUGGUCCCAGCUUUGAUCUCUCCCAGGAGCCUCUUCUGUUCUGACUGCACCCAUCUCAGCGCACCAGC